AUGAGUCUGUUUGGCCUUGGAAGCAGGAAUCAGAGGACCUUUCGUACUAAAAAGAGUGCUCCGUCAGGAAGCAAGGGUGAGCAACUUAGAAAACACAUUGAUAUUACCUUAGGUAGUGGUAAUUUAAGGGAAGCAGUGCGGCUACCCCCUGGGGAAGAUCUUCAUGAGUGGCUCGCUAUAAAUACUGUUGACUUUUUCAACCAAGUGUAUAUGUUGUAUGGCACUCUCACUGAGUUCUGCACUCCAUCAAGCUGUCCAACAAUGUCCGCAGGACCAAAGUAUGAAUAUCGAUGGGCUGAUGGAGUGAAAAUAAAGAAACCUGUACAAGUUUGUGCUCCAAAGUACAUGAAUUAUCUAAUGGAUUGGAUAGAGACUCAGCUAGAUGAUGAAUCAAUCUUUCCUCAAAAGUUUGGUGUGGCAUUUCCGUGUAAUUUUGAGGAUGUUGUGAAGACAAUGUUUAAGCGAUUGUUUCGUGUAUAUGCCCAUAUCUACCAUUCCCAUUUCCAGAAGAUUGUCGCCUUAAAGGAAGAAGCUCAUCUUAAUACCUGCUUUAAGCAUUUUGUGCUCUUCACAUGGGAGUUUCAGUUGAUAGACAAGGCAGAGCUUGCACCUCUCGAUGAGCUUCUUCACUCUAUUCUGCAGUUGUAG